AUGUAUUUCGAUGGAAUCGUGGGUCUUCUUAUUAGUUUUUUUUUGUGGGCCGCGAUUAUUUUGGAUGUGGAUGGUGGUUAUGAUAUCUUCCAAAAAGAAGAGAGAAUGGUUUAUUUUUUUCGUUGGGGAUUUGGAUUUCUUGGAGAAAAGCGUCGUCUAAUUUUCAAAGUACCUAUGAAAGAUAUUCGGUGCAUCAAAAUAAUGCCAGAAGUUCAAAGGGAUAUUUUGACUCGUACCCCUACUUUUUAUCGUAUUGUUUUUAUGGAAACCAUAAACUAUGAGCUCAUUCCCUUGACUCGUAUUGAAGAUGAUUUGAGUUUCCAAGAAAUUGUAGACAAAGCUUUCGAAAUAGGCAGAUUCGUGGAUGUACCCGUUUUCUUGAUGUAUCCGCUUUAUUGA